AUGCUUCUAGAUCACCUGCUUCUUCUUCUGCUAGACAUCGUUACUGCAACUCUGGUUGUUGGAAUACUUGUGGCAGGAUAUUUCACACUCGAUAAAUCACAAUUCGAUCAAAGAUCUUUCCCUGGAUCCAUAUUCAGCCUGACGCGCUAUUAUCUGACUGACCCUUGCCGGCCUCAUAGGGAUGGUGGCCUUCCCCAUGGCGGUUGCAUCCGCCUGGUGCGGAUCAACUCAACUGCAGAUGCAGAUAUUGUUUUGUCUUGGAGUGUGUUUCCCUUGGUCGCAGCCCCUGCAUACCACGCAUUGAGCUACACUUGGGGGUUUGCUCGCGGAGUACCUGAGCAUGAAGAUCCAGUGUUCCGCUAUAAAGGUCAGCAUGGCGUUCCAACGUCCAUGCCUAAGAAUCUUUUUCUGGCCUUGAAUCGCAUUAUCAAGCUAGAUGAAGGGACAUAUUAUUGGAUUGACUCCCUAUGUAUUGACCAGGACAAUACGAGAGAGCGUAGUGAGCAGGUAUCUAUGAUGAAGGAGAUUUACGAACAUGCUGCGGUCGUUGAUGUCUGGCUUGGACCAACUACAGACUCUGAAGCCAAAGCCCUUGAUCUCGUG